CAGCGUAACGAUACAUUGACAAUAAAAUGUAAUCGCUACACUUGAAACUUGGGUGCUCUUUUCAUACAACUCUUUAUCAAAUAUGGGACCUACUGUGCUAAGAUUCUUCUUUUCAACCAUUCUAUUUAGUUUCAGUUAUUCGUAUGAUAUCGAGCCAUGCAUUGCAAAGUAUAACACUACAAGGAAAACAUGCGGUGGUUUGUUUGGAUGGGGUAGUUGCAGAAAAGUAAACACAGAACACGAUCGUUGUUGUGAUGGAUAUUAUGGAGAUGAUAUUGGACCCAAGAAUCCAGUCAAUAAACUUCCCUACGGCUGCAAAAGACCCUUAUGCCGCUACGGACAUUUUGGUUCACCAUGCAACGUCCGCAAUAUUGGGCAUGUUGAACACAGGUCAGGCUAUAUUGAAAGGGACAGCGGUGGAAUUUGUACUGCGCCUUCUGUGUGCAAAUUUUGCAAUGAUGGGUACUAUCCUGUAACGGAACAUGGUGGCUAUUGCAAAGAGUGUCGAAAACCAGACCAUUGCAAACAUCAAUCGUGUAAUUCACCAACACAUGUGAUAUGCAAAUAUUGCGAGGGAGAGUACGUCCCAGAAAAACCUGGGUUUAAUAUUUACACAUCAAAGCCAGAUAAUACGCGCUGUCGAAAAGCGUGUUCUUGGGUGCCAGGUGCUCGAUGCUUUCCGGGGAAAUGUACAGGUUAUAUGCAUUUAGACAAUUGCAAUUGCACUGAAGGCUUCACUGGUUCAGAUUGUGCAGAAGCUACAUCAAAGCAGGCUCCAGAAAUAUUAAAACAAGUUUUGACUUUGAGAGGCUCUAAUAAACCGGCUGUUUUUGUUGAAAAAAGAAUUCCGUCUUCUCCGGUAAAGUGGACAAAUGAUGGGUUUUGGUCUGACAUAGUGAUAAAUGCCUCGUCAAAUUAUGCCAUCAAACACUUUGAUCCAUCGGCUAUUCCGAAUUACAUAAAGAAUUAUUUAUUUGGAAUAAAGGACAUGUCAAUUCAUUUGACGUUGGUGAGAGGUUCUGCUACAGCUAAAUGGAGGCUAGAUGCAUCAGAAUGCACUAAGUUUCCGGAACUAUGUUCAUUGGAUUCCCAAUCGUCGAUAACUAGUAUAAAUGAUUGGCAAGACAUAUUUCAUGGAGGUUUUAUGCAUUCAGAUAGGAUACAGUUUACGGUAUCUGCUAAAAAUGGCGGAGAAAUCCUUUAUGAAGAUAGAUCACGUCUUUAUCACUACUUUAAUAACACUUACCAAAUUCGGGGAAUAACGACAACUGAAACGCUUGAAAUCAGAUUUGAUAUGUUUCCACCCCACCAUUGUUUUGAGACAAAUGACAAAGGCUGUGUAAAAGAUGCUUUACAGACGGAAGAUUUUGUUACGGAGUCACAUGUAUCUGUACAGUGGGAUGGAUGGACUGAUGAUCUUUCAGGCAUUGAUACGUUUGACCUGUACGUUUGGUAUUUGUAUUCAGAAAAUUCCAGUCCCCUUAAACACAAAUAUUUAGUGUCUCAGACAACUGUCAAAUCACCACAGAUCGAUAUAUCAUGGAAUGUUACAUUUGGAGCUGUAGUGUUUAUAGAUUAUGAAACAAUUGGACCAUUUGUUUAUGACUCAUCAAAGCCAGAGUUUACUGGAGAAAUCAGUCUUUCUGUUGAGCACACCGACAGCGAUACUUUUCUGAUCGCUAAAUGGAACAAAGAUGCAUUUACAGAUCACGGAGACCCUUAUGCCUUGAGAUACGAAGUAGCUGUUGGAACAACAAAAAAUGGAAAAGAUAUUCUUCCAUUUCAGCAGUAUUUCCACUGGUGGAAGUUUGUAAAUCGUUUACACCAGCAGACUUGUACAGCUUUUUCAAACGCACUCACUGCCAUGGCACUUACAUGGUGA